UCUGGGAGCGAGGGGCGGGGCCGCGGGGCUCUUCUGGGGCGAGAAAGGGGCGGAGCCACCGGCGUUUCCUCCGAGGGAGGGUCGAGGAGGGCCCACAGCACUCCUCUGGGAGGGAGUGCGAGGCCUCUGGGCUGCUGCUCAGAGAGAGGGGUGGGGCCACAAGGCUCCUCAGAGGGAGGAAGGGGCGGGGCCACAGAUACUCCUCAGCGAGUGGGGGCGGGGCCGCAGGGUCCCCUGAGUGAUAGGCUGGAGGCGGGGCCACAGGGCUUUUCUGAGAGGGAGGAGGGAGGUGCGCAGCCUGGAGCUCCUGAGCGGGAGGGUGGAGGCGGGGCCACAGGGCUCUCCUGGGAAAGCCUUGGAAGGGUCUGGGCGCCUGUGGGAGAGGCUGGCUGGCUGAGGUCUGGAGUCCCUGCAUGAGUUGCUGGAGGGCGUUGCAGAACUCUGGCAGAAUUCUAGCAGGAGACCCAGAUCUGUGAUUUCUCUUUUUUUUUCUAUUCAAAGCCCAUGCUCUGUUUUGGUUUUUUUUUUUUUUGCAUUACAAUUCUUAAUACACCUUUAUACCACAAUUUCUGUGGUUCCUCUUUGAUAGUGGAACAGGACAGUAUGUGCUGCUAAAGUAAUAGGUUAUUUAUUUUUAUGACCAGGGGCAGUGCUAAGCCCUGGGCAUGUUGGGUUGAUGAGAAAUGGUGAAAAGAAUAAUUCAUAAAACUCAUUGAACUUCCUUCUUUGAGUUAUAGGGUCAAGAAGAUGAUUUAAAAAUCUUUAGACAUUUACUUUAAAGCUUUAAAAUAAAUUUGUUAUUCAGAAAGCAUGUUAAGAGCAGCUGACUUUAGUACAUUCCAUGCUUAAGGUAAAAUUUUCUUGUGACUCAGAUAUAAAGUAAUUAAUAUUACUCUCUUCUGCUAAACACUCUCUUUAUGUUUUAUUUUUCAGAUGUUAGUAGGAGAUCCCAUUACCACAUGUCUUUCUCCCUCAGUGUAUGACAUGAUUUGUAAACUUGGAUUUGAAGUAAGAGGAAAUUGUGAUUUCAAUAACAUUGUAACCGAAAAUGGUGAAGUUUGCUGGAAAACAAUCACAGACUGUGUGAGCUGUGCAGGAUCAGGUUGGCUUGCCUUUGUACCCCACACCUCAGUUGCUCUGUUGGUUAUAAAGUCUCCCUUUUUAGCCACAGCAUCUUUUCUUUAAACUAUGUGAAAACACAUCCUCAGCCAAAUUUGAAAAGGAGACAGCCUGAAAAGAGCAGGGUGAGGACAGAGAAGUGUGAGGUCAAGUGUGCCUGGGCUGGAUACCUGGGGUGGGCAGGACUUUCAGGAGUUAGGCUGGGUGACAGGCUGUUGGUAGGUCUGAGACCCCAAGAGGAGAACCGUUUGAGUGAUUCAUUGCUAUGAAGAGUAUGGAAUGGCCAGUGGUAGACUCAGCAAUUUUAAAUGUCCUCCUUUAAAUUUUAUAUCUGUAUAUUUGGAGGGAGAAGGAUAUGAGCUGGGAAACUUAGUAACAUCUGUAAAAAUUGCAAAUGAAUGUAUUCUGGCCUGCCCAGUCAAUUUCCAGGGAUUUAUAAGAAAAUUGCACUUGUGGAUAUGGAGCACUGUGUGUCCUACUAAAUAAACAAAUCAGUAAUCUGAAGCAGCCAGAUAUAAAGCAGUAGAGGACUAUUUUAGUAAGUUAUGAUAAAUGCUUAUAGUGGAGUAUUAUGACCUGAUAAAAAUGGAGGCUCAUCUGAUGCAGAAUUCUUUCUGAGCUAAGUGAGAAAAAUAAAGAAGCAUAGAUUUAUAGAUAUACUCAGAAAAAUAAUAGCAGUAGAUGCAACAGGGAGGAGAAUUGGGCACCACGUGGGAGGCUUUCACCCUUUUGUGUUUUUCACAAAAUGUUCAACCUCAAACUUAUUAAACAGUAAAAACAAAAAUUUAUAUUACAAAUAUGUUUUGAAACAACUGAUUGGCAUUAGAAAUCUCAGAUUACAGGGGCUAGGGUUGUGGCUCAAUGGUAGAGCACUUGCCUAAUGUGUGAGGCACUGGGUUCAAUGCUCAACACCACAUAAAAAAAUAAACAAAGGUGUUGUGUCCAUCUACAAAUUUAAAAAAUUUUUAAAAAGUCAGAUUACAUUAUUAUAAUGUAAUCCCCCCUCAUCCUUGGGGCAUGUGUUUCAAGACCCCCAGAAGAUGCCAAAACCAUGCAUAGUGCUGAACCUUAUGCAUACAUUGUCUUCUCCUGCAUGGUCUGCAGUACUGCCACAGGGUGCCAGUUCGUUGUCCUUCCACGUUUCUUUCCCUGAAGCCUCCUUUGCUUCAUUGCUUUUGUGCUUUGGGGCCAUCACUAUGUCUGAUAAGGGUUCCUUGAAACACAGCGCAGUGAUAGCACCAGUAGAGCUGAUAACCACAUGGCUACUGAGUGACACGUGAGUGGGCAGUGUCUGCGGAAUGGAUGUGCCGGACAAAGGGGUGAGAUUGGGUGGGAUAGUGCAGAAUUUCCUUAUGUUGCUCAAACUAGUAUGCAGUUUGAAAAAGAUGAGUGGUUAUUUCUGGAAUUUUCCAUUUAGCAUUUUUGUACUGCAGUUGACCCUAGAUAACUGGAACUGUAAGGACUAUUAUGUACAGUGUGACUUAAUGUAAACUAACAUACAGGAAAUGACACUGAAUAAAAUAUCUGUCUCCUAUUUGAAUAUUUCUGUAUUUUGCAAAUUUUUCACUAGUGAUAUAUUUUUCUUUUAUAAUCAGAUAAGCAUCAUGUAAUUUGUUUUCGCUAAUUUUAUCUAUGUAUGUUCAGUUAUUGAUUGUGUAUAAAUUUCAUGAUUAAAGCAUUUCUUUUCAUGGCUCAGACAUUUCCCAUUGAUUGGUGUGAGAUGUGGUACUGAAGCUUGAUUCUUGUCCUUUCAGACCAGAGUCUGGAUUAUCAGGCGAGCGUAAGGCUGCUGGGCCCUGUGUGUGAGGCCGUCCAUCUCCACUUUUUAUCUUUGACCAAGGGGCAGUUUGAAAUUCAAUAUAUACCAUGGUUCCAGUGGACAAGUUUUCCAGAGGUUUGGCUUUUAUACACCAUUAGAAAUAAAAGACUGUAAAUAUCACUUGGAGACCCUUAUUACUUGCCAAUUUUGAAGCGAUCUCCUCCAUCGGACCCUUUAGCUACACAGAAGGCUUGGGGGUUGCAAGAGAAACCUGAAUUACCAUGAAUUACCAUGUAAGAACCAGAGCUGAACCACACACCCCUUUGAGCAAAGGCAGGUUUUGGACUUCAUAGAACCAGGAGUUGGCAGGGGGUAGUGCUUAGUACAGGGCUGCGUAUGCUGCGACAGAAGAAAAGUGGACCACUUCAGAACACAGUCCUUACAGAGAGGUGGUGUGGUGUUGCUAGGAGACCAGAGAUGAGGUGCUUGGUUUGUGAAUGUUGUUUCCUGAAAUAUUUGAUGCCUUGGGAAGCCUACAGUCUCCUGCCAUCUCUCUUAGUUUAAUGAAGUUGACCUCAUGUCUAGAGCGAGCAUUAGGUGAUGUGUUCUUACUGAUUGGGAAGGAAUGCCCUUUUCUCUUAAGAGAUCUGCUUGCCUCAGAGGAGCUUGCUCAGGUCUUCGGGCAGUCUGUGGUAAGCUCAUUCACUUAAAACCUACAAUAAGCCUGGUGCAAAGCACUUUUGUUCUUCCAGAGCACAUUUUCCCUUUCAGAAGGGCUUCUCUUCCACCCCCACCAAAGGCUGCCCAUACUGAUUCUGAUGGUGGUAGAAUAACCUCUGGGGCCCAGACAAAGGGACAACUUGAGGCAUAUUGCUUUCAUUUGUCACAUAUUUAUUAUUAUAAACACAAUGCAGAAUAUAUUUUUUUUAUAUUUUUCUAUUUUGAAGGGUUCUGCACCCUUCAAAAUAGUGUUACUGAAGUUUUACUCUUGAAUAUCAAUGUUUUAACAUGUGGGAAUUCAUGUUCUCUGCAACCAUUCAGACUUACAAGGAAAAAAAAAUGAAACUGUUGAUACGAAAUCAUUCAGAGCAUGGACUUUUUAAGAAUCUUCUAGAGGGCAUAUGACCAUGAGACUUAAGACUCAUAGGUUACCUUUAGGCUUCUGAGUGGGCAGGUCCAGCUAAAGGGAAAGCAGGGCACCCAUGUAGGAAGCUGUAUGGGCCAACAGAGCUGGUGAGAAGCUCUGGGUGCCUUUUUAGGGAUGAGACAUUGUUUCCAGUAAAGCUCUCCCACUGUAUCCUGGAUCUUUCCCCUGGUCAGCUUGGAGGUUUUUCUUUCUUGUGGAGCACAUGGGACGAGGAUACAGUGUAAACCUUGUUAGGCUGAAUUCAUGAACAGAUUUUGUUUCUUUGGUAUGUUCUUUGCUGACUGCCUUUAUGCUAUUAGUCUCUUGCCUACCUACUUGGCUUCUGAUGAUUGUCAUUUUUGAUUGCCCUCAUGCUGUAUGCCAGGAGUUUCCAGCGGACAGCAGAGACCUCUGAGGCUGCCCUGGAGUCCUGGCUGCUAAGUACUCUUAUGUUAGGCUCAACAUGCUGGUUCUGGUUCUGCUCUCUGUAGGAAGUUCAGAACACACUGCUUUCCUCUUCUCAGGAGCAGUUUCCCCUGCAAAUGCAGACCAGUUUCACCUCUUGAGGUAUGACCGUUCUUUCUCCUGGUUAGGGCUUGGUUUCAUGAUUCUUUAGUCUCAGUGGUUUCCAUUGUGCUGGAUCCAAAGUGUGGUGCUGCACAGCAGGGCAGGGUCCUGUAAAGGGUGUCCUCUUCACCCACAGAGAGGGCUAAAAGCAGGUGAGCCAUGAACUGGGACCAGGAGGCAGCACACAGGACCUAGCUAUUGGCCUGGCUGUGCCUGCCAUCUUCUCCCUCUUGCCACAUGUGCACAUGCUACCUAGUGCCACGUUUCUGUUCAUCAGUUUCUAUUCUACUUGGUUUUUGGGCACCUUUGAUCCAUCAUGUCAGAGCAGUAUAUCCUGUACCAUCUUCCAUCUCCGUGACUAAUGUAGAGUGCCUGGCUCUGCACAGUGGGAAAUGUCUAGUGCCUUCCUCCAGGGUGGUCCUGAGAAUGGAGGAGCUCCUGGGUUGUGCAGACUGGGCCUGGCUCAUGUUAAACACUCUAUAACUAUUGGGUUCAUUAUUAUUACUACUUAACCAAGGUCAAAACUGUUGGAUGUGUUAAGCAAAAAAGCAAACAUCAUUUCAGUAUUGUAUUGGUUUAUCCCAAAAUUUGGUAAUGGCUUAAUCGUUUAGUGGUCUGCUGUCUUUUCAUGGACUAGAUGAAUGUGCUCAAAGUGUUCAUUGGCUCUCCCUGUGGACUCAACCUGCGGAAUGUCUUAUGGCAUGGAUUUGCAUCGCCACAAGAAAUUCCCCCAAAAUACUGUUCAAUGAUGCUGCUGUUGACAGCAGGAUUGGGUCAGUUACUCAAGAGUUACCUUCAACACACAGAGGUCACACUGAUGUGACUUCUGAGGUACUUUGGGUACUAGAACGAGUGAUGAUGAAGUCCACCUUUAUAUUAAAAAUCAUGUUACCAUAUUGGAAAUUUGCACUGACCAAGUUCACAUCACACAGGUUUGCUGACUGCACCAUCUUGUUGCUGUCCCAGCUGGAGGCUGGACUUCGGAAGGUCUUCGCUGCAGUUAACCAGUGUCCAGACAGACUCCUGACUGCCGAGUCAACAACUCUUUAUACUACCUUUGAUGAAAUAUUGGCAAAACACAUGAAUGAUGGCAGAAUAAAUCAACUUCCUCUUUUCCUUGGAGAACCUGCUAUGGAAUUUCUCUGGGAUUUCCUGAACCAUCAGGAGGGCCCCCGUCUGCGAGAUCAUUUGAGCCAUGGGGAGAUCGACUUACUCGAGUUUCCAAGAGAAGCAGCAAGUCAGUUACUUGCCUUUUCCACAGUACUUGUGCUCAGAUUUGCUGGUGAAGAGGAACUGUCAGCUUUUAAGGAGGAAGCAGCAAUAAAAGGGCUGUUUAGACUUGCAGAAGGCUACAGUUCUCGUUGCCACCCAGCUUUUCAGCUUAAAAAGCAGGUGCUGAGCUGUGGGAAGAGCAUCGGGUCUUGGCCUCUGCUGCCUCUCUCGGAAGACCUCAGUCAGGAAGCAGCCAGAUUGGAGGGUAAUUCUGAAGCCGAUGCCUGCAACUCUUUAAUUACAAAGAUUCUGCAUGAGCUCUUUCACCACAUGCCUGAGGAUCACCUUGCUUUCCGUGACCUGGAUGGGCUUCCCACUGAGAAGUGGCCCCAGCUGCUCGCUGAGCUCUGCAACAUCCACAUCCCCACCCUCUUCUGCCCCAGAGGCGUUCUCGAAGUGCUGGUUGUGCUCCGCAGCAUUAGCGCCCAGUGCCAGCGUGUGUCUAGCCAGGUCACGACCUCCCUGCAGCUGAGGCACAGGCAGUGGGUGGAGAGGAGGCUGCGCUCCAGACAGCGGCAGAACUACGUGCGUAUGCUGAACAGCAUCAGGCUUCUGUCUCCUGUGCUUUAUUUGAUUUUAUUGCUCAUUGCAUUGGAAUUGGUCAGCAUUCAUGUCAUCCAAAGAAAAGGCACUCAAGAGCACCAGCAGUAUCUGAAGUUCUUAAAGUCGAUUUUGCAGUACACUGAGAACCUAGUGACCUAUACCAGCCAAGAGAAGAACAAGUGGAAUGAAACUAUUGGUCUUACACAUACAGCUUUGUUGAAAAUUUGGACUUUCAAUAAGAGGAAACAAAUGUUAAUACACUCAGCCUAGAAAUCCACAAAUGAAGUUGUCUUAUGAAGUCAGAGUGCUUUUGGUAACAGAAAACACAGUUGAAAUAGAUUUUAACAUCCUUUAAAAGGGGCAUCCGGUGGUGGGGUGGAUUUCAUGGCAGCUUGAUCAGGGAUCAAAUUGUGUUUCUUCAGAUCCUCUGGCCUUCUCUGCCUGAGCUGUUCAUAUGCCACUCGGGCUGACCUCCCUGUAACCAAAUGUCUGGAGCAUGUCCUCAUGCAUGCAUUGGAGGAAAGGGCAUCUGCUUUUCACCAAGCCAUUACCCAGAAGCAUGUGGCUGCACUCUGCGUGGCCUGCAGCUGCUCUUAACAGCCUACAGCUGGUUGGUUGGAGAGGUCAGGUGAGGGCUGACAGCUCAUGGGCAAGCACUGAGGAAGGGGCUCCUGGAUGGUGGGGUGGGUGGUGAGGCUGGGUGCUGGGCAGCAGGUCUGGUCAGGAUCUGGCAUGAAGCAUAGCCCCUUCCAUGUUCCUAGCUGAGGUCUGCUUAGUACAGGAACUGAAGGGUUGGAGGAGAGAAGAAUCAGCUGUUGCUCCCAGGCUUCCCUGCAAAGUGGUCCAGGCAUCUGGGAAGGUCUUGCCUCUUGUGAGGUGCUUGUGGAUACACGAUGAGGCAAUUGUCCUUCCUCUUGGAGAAUAUGACCAAACAUUCCCAGGUCACUGGCAGCUUCUAGGUAGCACCCUCUGCCCUUUGGGGAGGUCUGUGUUCCAUCUCAGGAGUCUCUUUUGCAAGAUGUCCAGGGUAUUCUGUGUUUGCUAUGGGUAUUGCCAUGGGGGACCAUCCCCAUGAUGCCCUUGCAAUGGCAAGACAGGGUCCUGAGUUCUGGCUGUUUCUGAAGAACUGAGAGGUAGCCAAGCCCUAGCUCCGGCCACUGAGCUACGCUGCUGUCUCCAGACUAGUCCCAGUAGGUGGGCAGCACAGAGAAAAACCUCUGCUGUGUGCUGUAAUGGAGUGGGUGACAGUCCAUGAUCACCCAGAUCCAUGUAUUUUCUGCACAGGUUGAAGAACAGGUCCUGUAACUAAGCUCUGAAAUCCUGCUGGUAGGGCUGUAUUGCUUUUGGAUUUGCAAUUUGGAGGGGAGAGGCCUUUCCACUGUUUCUCUUCUAGACCCGUCUUCGUGGGUCAGAAAGCCAGUGUGGGGUUCUCCCAAUCUAGAUCUGAUACCACCCUGCACUUGUGCUCUGAGGAGGUAGUACUGACUCAGGCCAGCUGAGGCCGACCUGAGCCGAGCUUGCCACCUGGCCUCAGCAGCAGCUGCUCACGGAUGUCUCUAGAACUUCUUGGAAGCCUGAGAAUCCCUGGCCCUCUUUCAUAGGAGUCUGGCAGGAGAGAUCAUGGCUACUACAGAGGAAGGAGGAGGGCUGCUGGAUGUUCUUUUCUGGGAGGUCCUGGGAACUGGUGGGAUGUGUGAUGGAGCCUACUGCUGUGGGUGUCUCUGCAGUGGCCCCACAUGUGACAGAUUUUCUUUAGUGCUGGGUCAUGCCUGCAGGCUGUUCCUGCUGCUUCUACUACACAGCAGCAAAGUACAGUCCACAGCAGGACCUGUGCUGCUGUGGGUGCCCCACCGUGGCUGAUGUGACCUUCAUGUCCUUGUGCGUCACCUUGGAUCCAUGACGUACAUACGUGGUUCUGUGUCCUCAGUGUGUCAACUCAGGGAUUCGUGAUCCACAUAUAUGGUGCUAUAUUUUCACGUGUCACCUUAGACACGUGAUUCAUAUACGUGGUUCUGUGUCCUCGGUGCUUCAGCUCAGACACACGUGAUUCACGUACAUGGUGCCGUGUCCUCGGUGCAUCAGCUCAGGGAUACGUGAUCCACAUAUAUGGGGCUCUGUUUUCAUGUAUCACCUCAGACACAUGAUCCACAUACAUGGUGCUGUAUCUUCGGUGCAUCAGCACAGGGAUAUGUGAUCCACGUAUGUGGUUCUAUAUCUUCUGUGUAUCAGCUCAGGGACACGUGGUCCACAUACGUGGUGCUGUGUCCUUGGUGCAUCAGCACAGGGACACAUGAUCCACAUAUGUGGUUCUGUGUCCUCAGUGCGUCAGCACAGGGACACAUGAUCCACAUACGUGGUGCUGUGUCCUCAGUGCGUCAGCUCAGGGACACAUGAUCCACAUACGUGGUGCUGUGUCCUUGGUGCGUCAGCUCAGGGAUAUGUGAUCCACGUAUACGGUGCUGUAUUCUCAUGUGUCACUUUAGACAUGUGAUCCAUCCACAUAUGUGGUUCUGUGUCCUCAGUGUGUCGCCUUGGAUGUGUGAUCCAUGUAUGUGGUUCUGUGGCCUCAUGCAGCACCUUAGACACAUUAUGCAGGUAUGUGGUUUUGUGGCCUCGUGUGUCACCUCAGGGACACACGAUGUGCCUAUUGGAUACCUGUUAUGGUGGACACAUCACAGCAAGAGGCAUGUGUUGUCACUCUGCUCCAUGAGUAUGGUGUGAAGCUUGGUUUCCAUUUGAAGAGGAGGUUGAGGCCAGAGUUCUGAACUGAAAGCCAUCUUUUUCCUUUUGAAGUUAGAAACGACGAUGUGGUUCAGUACCUGAAUCCACAUGAAUACCUUACCCUUCCUCCAAGUUUUCAGCAGCUGCAGCUAAUUCUUGCCUGUGCCUGCUGUGUUACUUUUAGAUGAUGGGGUUUUGCAUUGGCUGUCAUUUUCCUCUCAGGAAGAGAUACACUUUUGGCACUUUUUUCAUUUUAGACAGAGUGUUUAUAGGCAAGAGUCGAGGCUUUGCCGUCCAUCACACUGAACCCACACAGGUGGAGUAGGUAAGGCCCGGUCAGGCCAGGGCAGGGAGGACUGUCGCUCACUCCUGCUGUACUCAUCAGAGAGGAGCAACAAGCAGAGGGCGCAUGCCCAGUUUCCUUUUACCCUAACAACUGUUGCUGAGAGUGCUGCAGGCACUGAGCCAGGCUGGGUGCAGAGACAAAGAAGGCCCAGCCCGAGUAGCUCGGCUGUCAGUGCCACUGCUCAGGUAGAUGGAGGGCAGUGUCUGGCCAGUUUACGAAGAGCAGUAGACUCAAGGGUACACACUUGGGGUCUGCUUUACUCAAAUAACUCCAAAAAAAACUACCAGACUCUUUGCCACCCCUACCAAAAACAAGCCAUUGCCCAGAGCCUGUUCUUAGCAUGCAGAUUCUCAGAACAUCUUGGUGUUGCCUCCCCAGGAGGGCCUCUGAGCACACAUAACCUCAGGGCAUUCCUCCGGGGAGCAGGAAGGGCCACUGCUGGGAGGCCAGUCUUGCAGAUUGGUGCCAGGUGUCAGAAGGAGGCGUACCCUGAGCCCAAAGGUGCCUGCAUUCACCCUGACUGGAGAGCCUUUCCUGGGUCCCAUCAAGUGAGUCCUUCCAACAAGCCCUGAGGGAACCUGCACUGCCACCAAAACUGCCGGUCUUUCCAGAGUGAGCCUGCUAGGGAAAUGGAGGCAGGGAGGCCACCAGGAGAGGAGCCCUGCCAGGCCUGGCAGAAGGAAAGCGGUGGUAUUUGCCACAGGCUCCCAUGCUGGAUGUGCUGGGGCAGACCCUGCUGGUCAAGUCGGCAGGUUGAUGGCGAGACACUCGGCUACUGCCACAAGGGUGCCUUGCCUGCGAAGUGUGGCAGUGACAUGGCUGCCUGGUAGUGCUGACGUGGGGGUACAGUGAGGUGGGCUUGGGAAGCUUUGGCCAGUUGCUGACCCCGAGCUCCUGGCCAUGCCCCUGGACUGGAGGAGAGCUGACCUGGGCUGGUUCCAUUUGAGUUGGGCUUGCUGGUUACUCUUCUUAAUGCAACAAAAGUACCCUUUGCACUGGUCUCCCUUGCUUGGCCUCUGCACAGCUCUGUCAGUGAACUGGGGAGAGACUGGCUGCCGGCUCCAGUGCAUCUCAUGUCCCAGCCAAGAAUAUCUUUGGUCCAGGCAGGAAGUCCCCUCUGAACUGGUCUGAACCAUUGGUGUGUGUCACAGCGCUCUUGUUAGCCCACACCCCUCCAAGCCAGGCAUUUGCAGAAGGCUGUAUCUAGGAUUGCCAGUGGAAAUGCAGCCGAUCGUGUGGCCUUGUCUGUGUGCUGAAUAAACAGGAUGCCAGUGAGGACCCACUUUUUCAUUCUGCUUCUUCAGCAGUUGGAUAAGCAGCUGUUGUCAUGGGCAAGCUUUGGAUUCUUCAGUUACGGUGCCUUUCCUCGAGAAGACACAGGGUGGCGCUCUUUGUUCAGCAAACUCUUGGGUAGCAAGCAAGAGCGCGCCUCCAGCUGCAGAAGAGAGGGCUGCCUGUGUUUUAGGACCAUGAGUUCAGGGGAAAGACUUUUUUUUUUUUUUCUUUUUCUUUUUUCCUUUGGCUGCAAAUAGAACUAAGGCUCCAUUGGAUGGAGAAAGUAAAACUGUUGGCCCAGAAUGAGGACCACAGAACAUGACCCUCACCUGAUAGAUACCCAUUCAUUUAUUUAGGUCUUGAUGAAAGACAAACACAGAUGUGUCCACAGACUUCCAUCUCUACGAGGAAACACUGUACAAAACAACCCGUGGAGGUGGCAGCAGCGUGGCCAUAGCGUUCACAGGACCAGGGAGGUUCAGGACUACGACCAUAAGAUCGUCCCCCUGUGCAAAACUCAUCUGCAGCUCGGGAGUGCACAGGGAGGGCCCGCUGUUUAAAGGAACCAGGUCAGGCUCCUGAAGAGGAGGACUGCAGGGUGCAGGCUUCGCUUUGGAGACUGCCUUUCAGCAACUCAUCUUCCCGAAGCACAGACUGAAUCUGCACCUUGGCAUUGCAGUAAAUCUGCCAGCCCUGCCGCGGAGAAGAAGGGCCUGGGGCCUUGUGAGGGGCAGGUGAGGGCCUGUUUGUGUAUGGCUUUACAGGCUGCCAAGCACAUUCUUUACAUUGGGUAGAAGGGAGUGGCUGGGGUUUGGUUUAUAGCACACUAAAUAAUUUAACAAAAAUACAUCACUCUUGCCCUUAGGGUCCAAGUGUAAUGGACCUCAGUUGUGGUCUUCCUACUGUUUGUUGCUGCUGGAUUUGCUAGGCACUGAGUUAACUGGACUCUGUCUAAAAUAGAGCUAUGAUCACAUCUUGGGUUUUUCCAGAUAAGACUCUAGAUGGAUGCAGGAAGUAUUUCUGACACAUCAUUUAAUUACUUUAAAAUAAAAAUAUUUUAUGCUAAGUUCAAAAAAAGCCAGUCAUAAAACUCAGCCUUGUACCAGUGAUCAUAGUCUGUGACGCUGUAAGCAGACUUAUCAUUAUAAAUGUUAAAUACCACCCCUA